AUGGAUGAUGUUACUGCACUUCUGUGCAACAUCUGUCCCAAAAGACCGACUUUCAGCGAUGUGUCUCAUUUAUUGACUCAUGUUUCCUCCAAAGCCCAUCUCUCCCAUUACUUCAAGCUCCAGGUGCGGAGCCAUCAAGAGCACGAAGCCGCGACUCUUCUCGAGGAAUACGACCAAUGGUACAAGUCCAACAACCUAGCCAAACUCCUUGCCGACCGAAUGUCCUCUAAGGAUGCUAGGAAGAAGAAAGGCCAUGGAAAGCCUGCCGCGCAGACCAAAGUCGUCUCCAGAAGAAAGGUUGCCCAGCCCAAGGUCCCUCCUGCGACAGCGAACUCCACAGAGUCCUCGUCGCAGGUAUCUUUCCCUGCUUGUCUCGACCCACGACUUGCUAGCUCUAGGUUGAGUAUAGGCCCGGGUGUCGAAGAUGACGACUUCUCUGUCUUUGCAACUUACACCUCCUUGAUCUCGAAUUCGACUUCUGACACUCAACCCCAGCCCGGACUGGACACUGCCAUAUUCGCCAUGGACACCGGACAAGCUCGUGCGGGUGUGGUACCGAAGCAAUUGAAGGAAGAAAAUGGGCUUGACCCGGACGAUGAAGGGCUUUCCCCUUUGAAUUACCCUCCCUUCUCGCCGACAGAGAGUCCAGGGGAUGUGCCAUCACAUCUGUCACAGACGCACUCGAGCUACGACCCUUUCAUUGAUGCCGAUGAGAUUGACAGGGAGAGAUCAGAAGAAAUCUCACGGCUCAAAGGCAUUCUGUGGCCUGGAAUGGAUAUCUUUGACUCGGCCACUGAACAAAUGAAACGGAAACGCAAUCAGAAGAAGGACGAGAGUAUCCUCAAGAAGAUGGAAAAGACGUCUUUGUGCGUCGAGCCUACUGAACUUGUCUUUUCUCCCACUGGGGUUCUCCGUAAGCAACGCGUGAUUUCUGGCAAUGUGGAGGAUAGCAGCCCAUUGAAAGGGGAGACUCCUAUCCCAAGACGACGAACAAAUCGGCCAAAGCGCGUCUUGACCCAGGCAGACUCCAACAUUCUCCGUGCACGCGACCGAAAACGGUCUCAGGAAAAAAGGAAGACCGGGUUGAGCAGAAUAGAUGAUAGCUUGAGCCGAAGUGGGCUUCCUUUCCAUGAAUUGUCUCACUUUGGCAAUGCUCUUCAUACAGACGACGUGGAUGAGUUUGUGUUGACCUUUCGUGAAAAUGACUUUAGGCCCCACGACAGUCUUAGUAUAUUCAGGGAUGACUCUGGCGGCAGGUCAUCAUCGAUGAGAGACCCCUUUGACAGACAUGGACUCCUUGUUGGCGACUCGACCACAAUGAACCCGCAUCAUCUUCAACAGGAUAUGAAUCCAUUACUCUCCACUACAAGGCAUGCUUUGGGUGUUUCCGCAAACAAGGAGAAUAUCGAACCGCUUCUGAAUACUGGGCGGACUGGUGCUUCUAUCGACUGGGACUCCCCAGUUGCAAGAUCCUUACCCGAUAAUACGGCUUAUCCGCCCAAGUGCUUCUUCCAUGAUCCUCAACACAUCGGAUUGAAUCCUUUUGAAAGUCAUGAUAGUCCAGCUGGUUACUCUCACAACCCAUUGGUCGGCUCACUUGGGAAGCUCUCUUCUGAAGAGAACCCUGUAUACACCCCUGAUUUGGAGAGUCACUUUGUUCCCGACCAGAUGCCAAAUCCGGCAUCUCCGGAUGCUACAAUCUCGGAUAUCGGAGAUGAUGCAUUUGAGCGUCUUUAUUUGGAUGGCAGCUCUUACUAG